CUCAUAGCCGGCGACACGGUCCACACGGAGGCCAGGGCAUGGCGGACACCGAGACCCCCUUCCUGCAGCAGCUCACAGCCGGCGACACGGAUGAGGACGAGGACCCGCCGCCGCUCGCCGGCGUCUCCGACUUCCGCGGCCGCCCCGUCCGCCGCGCCUCCUCCGGCGGCUGGCGCUCCGCCCUCUUCGUCGUCGUGGUGGAGAUCGCGGGGAGCUUCGCCUACUUCGGCGUGUCGGCGAACCUGAUCACGUACCUGACGGGGCCGCUGGGGCAGUCGAACGCGGCGGCGGCGGCGGCCGUGAACGCCUGGACGGGCACCGGCACCCUCAUGCCGCUGCUCGGGGCCUUCGUCGCCGAUUCCUGGCUCGGCCGCUACCGCUCCAUCAUCCUCGCCUGCACGCUCUACGUCCUGGGCUACGGCAUGAUCACGCUGGCGUCGACGCUCCCGGCGCUGCGCCCGCCGCCGGCCGGUGACCCGUCCCCGACACAGGUGGCCUUCUUCUACGGGUCCCUCUACCUCAUCGCCGUGGCGCAGGGCGCCGACAAGCCGUGCGGCGUGGCCUUCGCGGCGGACCAGUUCGACCCGGGCCACCCGGGGGAGCGCGCCGCACGCGGCUCGCUCUUCAACUGGUGGUACUUCUCCAUGGCCGCAGGUAUCACCGUCGCCGUCGCCGUCAUGAGCUACGUCCAGGAGAACGUCGGCUGGGGCGUCGGCUUCGGCGCGCCCUGCUUCGUCAUGCUCGCCGCCUUCGCCGCCUUCCUCGCCGGCUCCCCCACCUACCGCCUCCUCCACACACCCGACGAUGCCGCCAAGACUAGCAGCAGCCCCUUCGCCCGCCUCGCGCGGAGCCUCCUCGCCGCCAUCAAGACGAAGAAGAAGCAUCAACAGCAGCUAGAGGUUGAAGACGAGUCGUCGGAGGCGGCGAGGAGCGUGCUGCGGCUGAUGCCGAUCUGGGCGGCGUGCCUGGCGUACGGCGUGGUGAACGCGCAGAUCAUGACGCUCUUCAACAAGCAAGGACGCACCCUCGACCGCCGCGUCCGCAUCUUCGACGACCUGGAGCUCCCGCCGGCCGCGCUGCAGGCGCUCGGGCCGGCGACGAUCCUGCUCUUCGUGCCCAUCUACGACCGCCUCCUGGUGCCCGCGCUGCGGCCGGGCGCGCUCACGCCGCUGCGGCGCGUGGGCACCGGCAUGGCGCUGUCCGCGCUCACCGUGUGCGUGGCAGCGCUCGUGGAGGCCCGGCGGCUAGACACGGCGCGGCAGCACGGGCUCGUCACGGUCCACGCCGGCGGAUCUACGGCGACGGUGCCGAUGAGCUGGGCGUGGCUGGUGCCGCAGUACGUGACGAUCGGGGUGGCGGACGUGUUCGCCGUCGUCGGGAUGCAGGAGUUCUUCUACGACCAGAUGCCCGGCGAGCUGCGGAGCCUCGGGCUCGCGAUGUACCUCAGCGUCAUGGGCAUCGGCGGGUUUAUUAGUAGCGCGAUGAUCUCGGUCAUCGAUCGGGUUACUAGCAGUGGCGGCGGGGAUAGCUGGUUCGCGGAUGAUCUUAACCGGGGGCACCUUGAUUACUUCUACUGGCUGCUCGCCGGGUUGAGCGCCGCCGAGCUCGUGAUGUAUCUCUGUCUGGCUAGGUCCUAUGUGUACAGCAACAGGAGACUGCUCCGCUGACCAGCGGCGGAUCCAGGAAACGGCAACGCCCCGGGCAAAAAUAGAAAUAACUUGUACUGAAUCCGUGCCAAUUAAUAUAGAAAAAGACACCAAUGAUUAAAACUUCAAAA